GGACUCGGCCAAUGUUUUUCUUUUCUCCCCCAGAGCUGCCAAUCGAUAUUAAUGUGGUCAUAUGUGCUAUAUCAUCGCCUGAUAAAUUCCCCUCUUCGAUCUGCGCCAAAAAAGUUCGGGACUGAGCCUUAUUAUUAGUCGUUGCAGCUGUUGCUCGCGUGCUGGCGCACAACUAACUCUCACACGCCCGAGAGUUUGUUUUCCCCCUUGGUUGUAACUCUCUCAUAUUACACACAAACCUUCCCUCUCGCAGCCCCGACGACGACACCUCCUCUUCCCUCCUCCUUUCAUCACGCUCGUGAGACCGUCGCUGUUGGACCUUGCACCACUCGAGCACCCGCACAAGAGACAUUCCACACGCCGCCGACGGGUCUCCUUCACCCAUGAUACGUCUCAGCCUGUGAUGUUUACCUGCUCUCGUCUGUGUCUCUCGUGCCCCUCGUGCUGAGCCCGCCUUUUUUUUUCUGUCGCUCCCGCACCACGAUCGAUUCCUGUCUCAUCCGUCGCUCAGACAUUUCACUCGCUUUUGCUCUCACUUGAUUGUCUUUACCUGUCUCCAUCCUCCUGCUCGUAACCACUCGGUCGACCUCCACACCGGAUGAUCUGUCUCAGAGUCUGCGUCAUCCCCUCGUUUGCAUCAAGGUGUCAGUCACCGCCGCGUGACCAAGCCAUAUUAUACAAGGAGCCGCGCCUCUGGUAACCAUAUACCGGAGGUUACCAUUUUGGAACCAUCUUCUCAACCACGUACUCUCUUACACGCACACGCCCUUCCAACAUGGCGGCCUUCGACACAGCCAGCCCCGCCAGCAGUAUCUCAGGAACUCAGAGCGAGCCUCGUUCUACCCUGUCACGGAGACAGAGACCACCGGACAUUGAUAUUACCGCCGCCAUGCAGAACAGGAUCCCGCUCCGGGCUACCAAGGAGUCCAGGUCGGGCAAGAGGGAGUCGAGACUGGGAUUCAGGAGCAUCUUCGCCAGGCAUCGAGGGUCUAGUGAUGGCGAUGAGAUUAGAGCGGCUCGGAAUGUCGCGAGGGCUGGGAAGCGAGACUCGAUUACCGUGGACAGGGACGGCAACCCAUCUUACGGCUUGCGGCCCACGGCAGCGCAGUCAGAGACGCACCUCGCACCAAUGUCAGCUGAUGGGCCAUUUCUCAGACCCCGGACCUCAACUAUCAAGUCUCCAACCUUCAUGGCGCCAAGGUCACCACUCGGUCCAGCGGGCAAGAGGCGAGGAUCACUUGCCACUUGGGAUCCGGUUCCUCUCUUCCAGGCAUACCCGCAGGCUGUUCGGACCGCAACUCUGCCAGCCUGUGUCCAAGCGGACAGCCUUCUCCGGGCGCACCAGAAGAGAGAAUUGAUCAACAACAGCAACAUCAACCACCCAGACCUCGGGGACCAGAAGGCCUUGUUCGUGGACAUGGCGCGCAAGAAGCACAGGCGUAACAGCUCAUCUGUCAAGCUCGACUGGACCACCAAACUGUACGUCCUGGUCACCUCGGGGUAUCUGCUGCAGUACAGCGGUGAUGGCACUCACGACCGCCUGCCUGAGAAGGUCAUCCAGCUGUGCAAAGACUCGGCCGCUUUCGCGAGCGAUAUCAUCCCAGGAAAGCACUGGGUGCUUCAAGUAUCUUCCGUGUUCGAAGAGGGAGCUCUCACAAGCCAGGACACCAGGUCAUUGUUCGGCAAAUUCGGGAUGCGGGAGAAGGAGAAGCGCCUGGCCUCCGACAUCUUGAUGGUCUUUGAGAAUGUCGACGACAUGGAGGAUUGGAUGUCUUUCUUGCGAAGGGAAAUCGAAUCUUUGGGAGGCAAACGGCCUGUGACGGAGACAGGAGCGCCCAAGGAGCACGUGCAACACACUCCACUGAGGACUCACUCAAGUCAAAGGGCACUGGUUGUGAGAGACCCACAUAGGUUUGGGUCAGUGACGAGCCCGGAGACGCGAUGGGAUGCCCCGGUCGCCCUCGAUGAGCCAGAGAUGCACAUCGACGCGACGAUGACCGAGUUGCCCCUGGAUCGAAGUUUUGAUGACAACUCCACCACCAACAGCUUUGUGUCCCAGGACGGGCGGCAGCUCGACGGCCUCCGGGACAGCUCCAACCGGUAUUCGUUCACGUCGGCGGCCAGGACAAUUGUCACCUCCGACUCAUCGCCGUCCAACUCGCCCAUUCGCGACAGCUUUGGAAGCCUGAUAAGCAACUCAGAUGAGCCCACUCCCUUGGCGGAGGAGACCGAGAUUCGACGCCGACCCAACGCUGCAGAGAUCGAGGACCGACGCCAGUCCUACCGGACCAACAAUAUGGUGCAUGAUAUAAGCGCCAGCCCGGCGCAUAGGGCACACUCGUCCCUGUCAUCCAUCCAGGAGCCGCCUAACUUCAGCCUCCCGUACGCGGGGACACGUCGCCGUUCCGCAACACAUGAUGCAGUACACGUCCACAAUGCCCACGGCGCAUCGGGGCGGCCACCACGAAGGAUGCGGCGCCCCCCUCCCUCGGCGCUCGGCUUGUCCAGACCACUGUCGAUCGUCGCAGAUACUCCCUCCCCAUCGAAGCUCUCGCCGACGCCACGGAGCCCUCUCAAGACUGACGACAGCACCGGUGCUUCACAACGUCCAACCUCGCCAUCAAUGUUUGCAGGCUGGACCCCAGGGAACGCCAAACCCGAGUAUGAUCUCUCCUCGCGAGCCUCCAGUCGCGGCUCGCUGAGGACGAGCUACCAAGUGUCGGUGCACAACAGCCCGCGCAAGUACGCGAGCAUGACCACGCUCCGCCCCGCCGCCGACGACUCCGUAUGGGGCGAGGCGCCAAAGUUUGACCUGCCCAUCCACGCUGCAUUCAGCAGGCCCGCCCUGCGCGACGGGGCCGAGGACCCGGCGGGGAUCCCCCGGAGCAUGUCUUCGAUGGGCACGUACGAGAGCUCCGGCAGGAGCCGGUCCCCCAUCAUCCGGGCCGCCGCGGCCAAGAAGAGGGCGAGCAUGUGCAGCCUCCCCAGCGUCAAGGUGUCCCCGCGCCACCGGUCGGUAUCCAUGUUCCCCACCACCGCCACCAGCCGGCACCGGGACCUUUCCGCCGACGGCCGGACCCCGUCGCCGCCGUCGCCGUCACCGUCGCCGCACCGCGGGCCGAAGCGGGGAUCGGCCAUGACGAUCCCCGGCUACGCGGGGCAGAAGCGCUCGCGGCCGUCGUCGCCGCGGACCAACAACAACAACAACAUCACCCUGAUCAACAGGCGCAGCCUCCCGCAGAUGCCGCACCUGCACCCGCAGCAGAACUCCCCGCUGCUGCCGCCCCCCGCGCCGCCACCGACCAAGGCGCUGCCGCCGAUCCCCCCUCAGGCGAGGAAGAGGAGGUCGUCGAGCAUCCCGCCCCGGAUGGGGAUGAGGACCCCCGCGACGCUGGUCGGAGGGGAGAUAUGACCGGACGACAUUUGAACAUGUCCUGGUAUUUUUUUUGUUUUUGUUUUCCUGAAAGGAAAUACGUAUGACUGAUAUGAAUUGAAAUGGUGAACGGGGUAUGCGACGGAACGGAAAUGAAAGCUCGGGAAGGAAGCGCGGGAACUUCCUAUACUAUACAACAUUCGACAGUCAUAGCGCCACUGGGUGGUGCGCUUGAACCUCGCUAAAUGCGACCUUUUUUUUGUCCUUGUUUCUCCUUUGUCUGGGUUUUCUCCACGGCGGUGUUUUGGGGGCCGGUACGGGAAAAACACGGGAACAAAAAAGGGAAGACUGGUUGGUGGCCAACCGGUCGGGGAGCAAACGGAUUUUCUUGGGAACGGGAAACCAGGAACGACGGAAGGCACGGAUGGCGUCCCAACGAGUAAGCGCUGUCAUGUGCUGAUUAUUAUUUUUUUUCCCUGUCCGAGCCUACAUGUGUGUUUUGUUUUGUAAGAGACAUGGUGGAGAUGGGAAAGAUAUAUGUAUCUGGGCGGGAUAUUAGAGGAUACCUGGGCAAGCACGUGCAGCAUUUGCCUGGGAGGAUAAGGACUUGCUAGCUUAGGUAGCUAGCUAUCUAUUGAUGGUCACAAUCACAGCCAUAAACUUAAAGGAGGGGUACAGCACAGCGUCUUUUGGUUUGAAGACGGAGAAGGCUAGCUGGAUCUGGUGAUUUGGACCAAACACGG